GCCUCCACGUCGCGCCGGCCACGCUGCCGUAAAGCGCGCGGAAGAUGGCGGCGGUGACGGUGCGGGAGCCCCUGGCCGGGCCGGGCCCCGCGGGGCUGCAUCGGGACUGGACGGCGGAGCCCGUCAGCACCGGCACCACCAUCAUGGCCGUGGAGUUCGACGGAGGCGUCGUCAUCGGGGCCGACUCCCGCACCACCACCGGGUCCUACGUGGCCAACCGUGUGACGGACAAGCUGACCCCGGUCCACGACCGCAUCUUCUGCUGCCGCUCGGGCUCGGCGGCCGACACGCAGGCGGUGGCCGACGCCGUGGCCUACCAGCUGGCCUUCCACAGCGUGGAGCUGGAGGAGCCGCCGCGGGUGCGCACGGCCGCGCGCCUGUUCCAGCAGAGCUGCUACCGCUACCGCGAGGAGCUCAGCGCCGGCAUCAUCGUGGCCGGCUGGGACCCGCGCCGGGGUGGACAGGUGUAUGUGGUGCCGCUGGGGGGGCUUCUCCUGCGCCAGCCCUUCGCCGUGGGGGGCUCAGGCAGCUCCUAUAUCUACGGAUACCUGGAUGCCACAUUCCAGCCUGGGAUGAGCCGCUCCCAGUGCCAGGAGUUCGUUGCCCGUGCACUGGCCUUGGCGAUGGUGCGGGACGGCUCCAGCGGGGGCGUGAUCCGGCUGGCGGCCAUCACCGAGGAGGGGGUGGAACGGACCGUCCUGGCUGGCCCCGACCUGCCCUGGGGUGACGGUGGCCCCCCUGCCUGAGAGAGGGGCCCCCCCGGGACCCCUGAACGAGGUGGGGGAGGACAAAACCAAUGGCUCUGCGGACCCACUGCCCCUGCUGUGUGUUCGUGGGGGUCCCCUCCAGGGGGCCACGGCCAGACCCGCGUUGUGGGACAUGAGCCAUGUGCCUCCUGCAUGGCCCUGCCCCUGGUGUCACAGACAUAAACCACACCCCCAUCGUUGUGGGGUUUUGCUUUAA